AUGAACUUACUAGAUCUUCCAACGGAGCUUUUGCUCCAAGUUUUCCGCUCCUGCAAUUCUAUCUCCGACGCUCUGCAUUUAGCUGCCACCAACCGUCGGCUUCGUCGUAUUUUCGCUUCUUCUUCAAAAGUUUCCAUUCUCAUGGACGCCGCGGAUUCAGAGUUUGGUCCUAUGUCUGACAUCAUCCAAAUCAUCACACAGAAUGCGAGCCAACCCGCCCAUCUCAUUCGUGGAGCCUCCUUGUCGGAUGCGCUGCUCAAGCAGGUGGUUCAAAUUGGCCGCGUAGCACAGAAGUGGGAAUCUAUCUAUCCACUGAAGAAAUGGAAGUCGGACUAUGAAAAUAGGCGGCUACUGACGGAUGACGAACGCUUCCGUCUUCGUCGUGCGAUCUACCGUUUGUGGCUCUACGAUCGCGCGUUCUAUUCUAGUCACUAUGACCGAUUUUCACGUCGUUUGCUAUCUAUUGUGACCGAACGAGCACAGUUACUGCAUAACUGGUCAACGCCAGAGCUAGCCGAGAUCGAAGAUGUGCGCAUGGUCAUUCAGGAUGUGGUGCAGAACCACAUCUGCCCGAGCAACGGCAGCAUCCAACGCAAGUUCCAUAAGCGCUACCCGGAGAAUACGAAUCCACUGUCCUUCAAUAUUCAUCUGAAUUACCGCCCAGAAAGGUCCAAUCUAUCUACGGGAUCUUACUUUGGUCUUCCUGGCAACAGCUGCUCAAACUCGGAUAUGCCGUUCCAUAGCCAUUAUCAGAACGACCAUGCCUCAUCGUCAUUAGCGAAGUCGUCCUCAUCAACAACAUUCGCAGCUAAACUUCGUAGUGAUUUUUUUCAUGAUCCCGGCCAAGAGGGAUGGGGUGACGAGAUUCCACAUUAUUAUGUUGUGCAAGACAUGCUCAAGCUUAAUCCAGCGCAAGUGCUCUGGCUGCGAGACCAUGCCCCUUUGAAGGAACAUGUGGAAUCGUAUGUGCAUUCGCUGGGGGACUGGUUCAAGAAUAAUGGGGAGACAUUUGUUGAUACCUUGUUGUGGGUCAUGAAAGAGCGUGGAGAAGACCCCGAGGAGUUGAAGAUAGCCAUAGAAGAGUGUGAGAUGGGGAUUGCGGCCUUAGUUUAG